AUGCAUCCUUCAGUUAUCUUUGUUUGUCUUCUAUUAUCUGUUUUAUGUGUUUAUUGUUCUCAACCUAAACGUGUAGUUGAUAAAAUGUAUAUAUCAUUCGAUCGUGCACGUUAUUGUGUUCGUCGUCUUAAUGCUACACAUGAAAUAGGUUGUCAAUCAUCUACAAGGGGCAAUUCUGGUCAAAUGUAUAUGAUUGAUAAUGAAGCAGAAUUUAAUUCUUAUCUUAUAAAUACUAAAUUAAUUGAUUCAUUUGGAUCAUUUAUUAUUGUACUCAAUGUUAAUUUAUUCCAUCCAUAUUAUGUUGAUAAAUUAAUGACAUCUCUUGAUUCAAAAUUAAAUGGCCUUUUACUUUAUUUAAAAUCAACAUCAUCUCGACCUGAAUAUUUUUCACAUGAUGAUCAAUGUCCUAAUCAUCGUGAUUCAUAUUAUUUAAAUCAAACACAAAUUAUUAAUUGGAAUUCGCAAGGAACUGGUUUGUUUUUUCGUUCAUUUCCAUUUCCAAUGAUGUUAAUUGAUGAAGAAGAUGAUUAUAAACAGUUAGUACAAUUCUAUCGACAAUUUAAUCAUAAUCAAUCAUCACCAACAUGUGGUCUUGAAUUAAAAACAUUUCAAAAUGCAGCACAUACAUCAAAAACAUGUAUGCGAAGAAAUAGUAUAUCACAUUCAUUAAUCGAUACUGAAGAAACAUUUUGUGAUCCAGUUGGUGGUCUUAAUAUUUAUAGCAAAUUACCUCAAUCAUUGACACCUGUACCUAAAAAACGUCAACCACAAUCAAUUAUUCUUAUUUUAGCAGCAACAGAUAGUUUUCAAAUGUUUUUAAAAACAAAAGGUACAACAGGUGGUGCUCAACAACCAGCUACAGCACUUAUAACAUUUCUUGCACUUGCACAUCUUGUCGGACAAGAACAAAAUGAAUUUAAUCAAACAGAUAAAGAAAUUAUAUUUGUGACUCUUGAUGGUGAUGUACUUGAUUAUUCAGCUUCAUUUAAAUUUAUGUUUGAUAUGAUAAAUGGAUAUUUUCCAACGGGUGGUCAAAAUGAAGAACCUAUUAAAGUUGAACAUAUUCAUUCUAUUAUUGAAUUUCAAUCAUUAAGUCUAACUGAUAAACUUUCGCUUUAUGCAUAUCCAUCAAAACUUAAAAAUCAAACAUUUAUCGAUACACUUAUCCAUAAUAAUCCCAUGAUUAUUCCAAUGACAUCUGAUUCUCCUCUACCACCAGCAUCUUCACAAAUUUUUCUUCGUCAAACAUCAUCAUCGUCUUUUCCUGCUUACAUACUUACAUCAGCAAAUGAAAGUCAACUAUCAAAUCAUUACUAUCAUUCGUUCUUUGAUGAUCCUUCAACAUUAUCAAUUAAUAUAUCUUCAUUAGAAUAUGAUAGCACUACUAACUUUAGUCAAUGGAUAAAACAUAUUGUUGAACCAUUUGGUCAAACAUUAAUCGAAUCUUUUUUUGGUAUAAAGAAAAAUGUGACUAUUAAACAAGAAAUUAUAAAUAAUCUUGUUUAUUGUAUUUUGAAAAAUAUAAAUUGUCCUCUCAUUCAUAAUGUAACAAAUCAAUCGACGGGAAAUACAUUUGAUUCACUUAAUGAAACAUCAUUACUAUUUUCAAUCAAUACUUAUCCAACAUCAACAACACCAACUUUUCCUUUCGUACAAAAUAUUCUCAGUUAUUUUUUACGUGAUCGUAAAUACGAUACAUACAAUUUAACUGAAACAACAUGUAAAGGACGUGCAAAUAAUGAUAGUCUUCAUUCGUAUACAUAUGUUGGUGGAUAUCCACCAUCAAUAAUGUCUGAACAAUCAUUUAAUGGAUAUUGUGUACGAUCAUAUGUACGAUCUAUGUCAUCGGUUUCACCAGCAUUUACUAUUGAUAAUUAUGAUUUAUCAAAAACAACUUAUCCAGCAUGGACUGAAAGUCGUUGGACAACAAUUAGUUUACGACUUUUUGUUAUUCCAACGAGAAGACAUGAAAUCAUUACACUUGUUAUUGGUAUUUUACUUCUUUCGAUUUCAUUUAUUAUCUGUCUUCUAUUACGUUGUUAUACAAAUAUUAGUCUUUUACAACCUUCAUCAUCAUAA